AUGCUAACGUUGUUCUAUUCGUCAAGAGCAAUCCCAGUACGCCUGGUAACGAGCGCGUCAUAUGCAACUCGAACUCGAAAAGUUGCCAUUCCUGACGGUCCAUCUUUUCAAGAUUUCGUUUCGUCAGGAAAUGCAAAAGAAGCAGUGGCCAAAUAUGAGGGUCGUUUGAAGCUUGAAAUUGGUGGAAAGAGACUCAGAUUACCACCGUGGCUGAAACGAAAUGUUACAUCAGUGGAAAAUGGCAAUUAUUUUAAGCUGAAAAAACAAAUAAAGGGACUAAAACUUUCAACGGUUUGUGAAGAGGCUCGUUGUCCGAACAUUGGAGAAUGCUGGGCAGGAUCACGCAAUGCGCCUGCAACGGCUACUAUUAUGCUUAUGGGGGACACUUGCACUCGAGGAUGCAGGUUUUGCUCCGUAAAAACAGCACGCAACCCGCCUCCACUCGAUGCGGAUGAACCGCUAAAGACGGCUGAAGCUAUUGCUGAAUGGGGUGUUUCGUAUGUGGUUUUUACAUCUGUUGACAGAGAUGACAUACCGGAUGGUGGUGCAUCGCAUAUCGCCGAAACAGUUCGACGGGUCAAAGAAGCCUCUCCAAAAAUUCUGGUUGAAUGUCUCGUACCAGAUUUUGGUGGUUCGUUGGAAAGUGUCGAAACUGUGGUCCAAUCGGGUUUGGAUGUUUAUGCACACAAUAUGGAAACGGUUAAACGUUUAACACCAUGGGUUCGGGAUCCAAGAGCGACUUACGAACAGUCCUUGAAGGCAUUGGAACACGCUAAAAAGACAAGACCAGACGUUGUUACGAAGACAUCGAUAAUGUUAGGUCUCGGUGAGCGAGAUGACGAAGUGAUUGAGACAAUGAGAGAUUUACGAUCGAUUGGUGUGGAGGCAUUAACGUUCGGUCAAUAUAUGCAACCAACGAAGAGGCAUUUACUCGUCAAAGAAUGGAUUACACCAGCUAAGUUUGAUGAAUGGAAAGAAAAAGGCGAUAGUUUCGGUUUUCUUUAUACGGCGAGUGGUCCUCUGGUCAGAUCUUCNUUAAGGCCGGAGAGUUCUACCUGUCGAAUAUCGUUAACGCCAAGAAGAAGGUGAAUGAGAAAUCAGCGGUAAACGCUUGAGUAGGCUGUGCUGCUUUGUAAAUACGAAUUCGAUGUAGUUCUAUGUAAUGGUAAUAAAAUAAUAAAGUUGACAUUCAUUAAACGAACUAAACUGCUCAAAGGGAAUUAAUAAAUGAUGUUCC